CCCUCCGCCGCCUCCCCUCACAAAUCUCAGAUAAAGAAGAAAAAGGCCUUUUUGUUCGCCUAUGGCGGCAUCGUCGUCAUCGGCUAGUUCUUACUCUUCGACGGAUUCCUCGUUCGAUUCUUCUUCCUCGCGCGCCAAAAAACGCCGACAUCGCAGCAACCGUGGCAAAAGAGACAGAGAUUCCCUCAAAACCCGGAAGAAGAGUGGUUCGAUAGGUAAACGGCGUCGUAGGAAGCAUCGUCGUCAUUCUUCGGAUUCUUACUCUUCGUCUGACUCCGAUUCCUCCAGGAGUGCCAGUUCAUCGGACAGAGAGCAUGAGUCCAGACAUUCAAAGAGGCACAAAAAAAGUGACAGGCAAAAGAAGUCAAAGGAAAAAGAGCGAAGCAAGAGUCACCGACAUAAACAUCAAAAGUACAAACUAAAAGAGAAGCAGCACGAUGAUAGAAGUAGCAGCCCUGUGCAGCUUUCUAAGUUUCUUGGGCGCGACAAGGAAGAUGGUGCACGGCGUAGUGCUGUGUCUGGCAAAAAGAUUCUCUUGAAACUUGACAAGUCCAAGGAAGACAAAGAGGCCGAGAGUAAAAGAAAUGAAUUGUUGAAGUUCCUAAAUGCUAGUUUUGAUUGACUUACUGGAGCUGAAGUUCAAACUAUAUUA